AUGUCUGCACCUCAACCCCAGAACAGCCACCCCCGCCGCCGUCCUAUUAAGGGCAACGUCUCUCCACUCAGCACCCAUGGCAUGUCACUUCGCAAGUGCGGUACCUUCUCGUCACCCAAGUCGUUGAGCAACGAACUUUGUGGCCUGGAGAACCAACCGUUCAUGCCCAGGAGGUCUCCGACUAGCACCGAGAGCCUCGAAGCUCUCCUUCAGGAACAGCACCCUAGUGUCAGCCGUGUCGCGAACCUGCUCAAGGACUUCGACGAGAAGCUCGCAGGUCACAAGGUCACAUCGGCAUCCGGUGCUAGCAUCCUUAACGAUCCUGAGGUGCUUCCUGUUCCCAGCUUCAUGCUUGACAUCACUACACUGGAUGAUAUGCCCAUGGACGUUGACUCUAAGUUCAAAUCAGCUGAACGCAACCUUCACGAGCACGCUUCGGACAGCGGUCUGGGUUCCAGCAUCGGCUCGAAAUACAGUAAGGACUCAUUGCAACUACCCGUCUUUGAGACCCCGCCAUCUAACGCAUUUAAAGACGACGCUCGCACCUCAAGCGCUCGCGAGUCUAUCAACUCUUCCAUCACCACCCACUCUGCCAUCACUCGUUCGUUCUCGGCAUUGGGUGCAACCGAGGAGAAGCACACUCUUGGCGAGUACGCUUGCAAGCAGAUCCACGACUCGAUCAUCAAGCCCAUCCUCGCUGAAGAGUCGCUGAAGGACUUUCAUCCCCUGAUCCAGGACGUUCCUCGACGCAUAGGUGAGAAGAGUAUUUGCAACCUCCGCGAUCUCGAAAAGACGCUCGUCUUCCUGGCACCGGAGUUUUCGGCAACACCGGCAUCCUACCUUCGAUUCUGCGAGCGAUCAAUUCAACUGCUUCACACGACUGUCGACUACCUUUCGGAACGCGACCAGCGACUACCAACCGACCGCCCGUACACUAACAACUACUUUCUCGAUUUGGUCGAACAGAUCCGGAGAUACGCUGCAAUCAUGGCCGCCACCCGACAAAAAGAAGCUCAAGGCGAGCACCUCGACGAGAUGGAUUACUCCCGCGAUGAGAAGAUCACCCUUCAUGGCGGUCUAAGCAAGAACGGCCGUCCUGUCGAACUCGUCCGCGAGAAGGACGGCAGGGUCAUCCCCCUUGCGAUCGGCUCCGAGAACGCAUACAAGAAGCGCGCCCUGUCCGAGGAGGAUCUUGAGGAUGACGACGACGUUAUGCGCUCGAUGGCUCGCCGCAGGAAGUCAGACAAGCCCGGUGAUGUUUUGCACAUGUGCCGUGAUUGCAAGAAGGAGUUUAAGCGCCCCUGCGACCUGACUAAGCAUGAGAAGACACACUCUCGCCCAUGGAAGUGCUCCGAAGAGAGGUGCAAGUAUUUCGAGCUUGGUUGGCCCACUGAGAAGGAGCGUGACAGGCACGUCAACGACAAGCACUCUACCGCACCGGCGCAGUACAAGUGCCUCUACCCUCCCUGCACAUACGCCUCGAAGCGUGAGUCGAAUUGCAAACAGCAUAUGGAGAAGGCUCACGGUUGGGAAUACGUUCGAUCCAAGAGCAACGGCCGCAACAAGAGCCAGGCAAUCAGCAACAGCCCUGCCACUCCUCUCACCCCCUUCCUUGGUACACCACAGUCUGCUGCUCUCACUACACCAAUCACACCCUUCAUGGCCUCUCCAUCUGUGCCUCUGAUCAACGACUUCGACUUCCAGGGUUUCCAGACUCCAGCGAUGAGCAUUCACAACUUCCAGGACGAUUUCCGUCGUCAUUCAAUCACCACCGAUAGCACACGCCUCACGUACUCUUCCAGCAACUCGCCGGUCGAGCCUAACUCUUUCAUGGAAGCUGCUAUCACUCCUGCUGAUAUUGCUAUCGACCACACCGUCCCCAUGUUCCCUGAUUGCGGAAUGGGGUCGAACUUCAACAUGAAUGUUCAGCAAUACACGCCUGCCUUGAGCACCGACUUCAACUUUAACGAGCCGAUGUUCACCAUGACCUCGAACCAGACUCUCGGUCUUCCUCAGUUGUCACCAAUGGCGCAGCCCAAUCUCACUCUGUACUCUCCUCAGAUGCAGAUCGAUGAGGGUUUUGGUGACGCUAUGGAUAGCCUGGACAUGCAGACCUUCAGCCACCCGACUGAGGAUUUCACUUUGUUUGAGUCAACACCGGCUGGCAACAUGUCAAUGAACAACACUGCCAACUUCUUCCCUGACUUCAAUCAGCUUGGAGGGCAGUUCGACAACGGAGCUCAGCAAUACGACAACAACUUUUACAAUGCCACUACCUUGGACACCACGUUGGAUGAGAUGCUGGGCCUCAACACUAGCAACCGGCAGUAA